AUGUCCGACUUCUUUCGGACUUUUAACAAGAUCCUCGGGCAACGGCAGCGGGCGACGAUGACAUAUCGACCACAACCCAACGGGACCGCAGAAAGAAUGGUACAGACGGCGACCAGCGCACUUAAGAUGUACGUACGCCAUCUGGAUCAAAAGGAUUGGGAGAGUAUGCUGAGCGACUUACCAUCGCGAUCAACACGGCCCACGAUUAGAUCCGAGGGGAUACCCCCGCUACACUGCCAGUCGGAUGCACAAGACGGAGCGAUCGAGACGCGCGGUGGUGGCGUUAUCGGGUCCAACGGCACUAUCAGGAAUCGCGGGAGCAAGUCAACGCCAGAUUGA